AUGCCCGGCGCGCGACAAGCCUGGCCUAAUAACUGGAAACCUGCGACGUUUACGACUUUGGUCGCUAUUCCUAAUGCUAUAAAGGCUAUGAAGCUUAUUUUCGAGAGGUUUCUAUUUGGUGCAAAGCUCACGAUCAUAGACUCGAUGGCGGCGGCGCGAAGCGGCGAGGGUGGGUAUUUCUCUAUUGUAACAACACCCACGUCCACGCGCGCAAAUUGGAUAGUGGGCGUGGGAAUUGCGAACUCGCUCUGCACAUUACCAGUACAUGCACUUUACAUAUUGGCUUUUACUUGUUUUAUUAAAAAC